AUGUGGGAAAUACAUGCUUACUUAUUGAAUAUCUCUUUAACACUAUCUAUAUGUAUAAUACAUAAUAUUUUAAUGUUAUACGAUACAGUGUAUAAUUUGCCAAUAAAAUUAAUUUCACGAGAAUUAAAUAUUGAAAUGGAUGCAGUGUAUCGUUUAAAAAGUUAUCUAUUUACAAAAUUACCAUUAUUCUCUGGUGGUUCAUUAAUAUGUACCUUUUAUUGGAUAGUUGUUUUAAUUAAUCGACCAAAAUCUAAUGAUUCAAACGAUGAUGAUGAUGAAGAUGAUGAUGAUGAUGAAGAUGAUGAUGAUGAUGAUGACGAUGAUGAUGAUGAUGAUGACGAUGAUGAGUAUAAUCAUUAUUAUAAAAAUAAAAAUAAAAAUAAUAAAAAUAAAAAUAAUAAUUAUAAUAAAAAUAAUAAUAAUAAUAAUAAUAAUAAUAAUAAUAAUAAUAAUGAUAAUAAUAAUGGUAAAAUCAAUCAAAAUAUGAACAAUUUUUUAACAAUUUUUUGGAAUUUAUUUAUUCUACCUUAUACACUGUUUGCAUUACUCUUGAGUAUUUAUGCAAUGAUAGUAAUGACUGAUGAAAUAGGAUUUUUAAAAGAAGAUAUUUUAAAUUAUAUGUAUAAAGUAUUUGAUGAAAUUGUAUCAAAAAAUACUACAGUUGAACGAACAGAUAAACUUAUUGAUCAUUUAGAACGAUUACAAUUUGCAUUUACUUGUAAUGGGAUUGUACUUGAAUUAUACUAUCGAUUAUUAGAUAAAUAUUCUUUACCAGUACAAUAUUUGAAAAUUUUCUAUCAUAGUCAUAAUCAUACUCAUAAUAGUUCAUCAUUUUAUCCAUGGAAUUUUACAGAACAAAUUGAAUAUUUAUUAUUAAAUAGUUCUGGACAUGAUCAAACUAUACAUAAUCAUUUGCGUAGAUUACAUCCACUACAGCAUUGGAAAAUGAAUCAAGAAGCGCCGGAAAUGAAUUAUUUCGAUUUUGAUUGUACCAAAUCGAUUACUUUACAAUUAACUAGUGAAUUAAACGCUAUGGUAUGGAUGUAUUGCAGUGUUAAUAUUGGUUUACAUUCCAUACCAUAG